GAUAAGACUGACCGAUCGAUCUGACGCCAUGGACGACACCAUGUACAACGCCAUCCUCCUGGCGCUCCUGGCCGUGUCCAUCCUGCAGUUCCUGCGGCCGGGGGGCUCCUCCCGGCGCCGUCCGCCCGGCCCGCGCACGCUUCCCGUGAUCGGGAGCGUGCACCACGUGGUGAACACGCUCGUGCACCGCAGCCUGCGGGACCUGGCGGCCGUGCACGGCCCCAUCAUGAUGCUCAAGAUCGGGCCGAUGCCGCUGGUGGUGGUCACCUCGCGGGAGCUCGGGCGCGAGGUGCUCAAGGUGCAGGACCCUAACUUCGCCAACCGCCCCAAGCUCCUCGUCGGCGGCAUCUGCGGCUACGGCUGGACCGAUAUCAUCUUCGCGCCCGCCAGCGACUACUGGCGCAAGAUCCGCAAGCUCUGCAUCCACGAGGUGCUCAGCCCCAAGCGGAUCCUCUCGUUCCAGUACAUACGGGAAGAGGAGGUGCAGCGGCAAGUGGAGGCCAUCCGCGCGGCGGGGCCGGACGCGCCGGUGAACGUGACGAGGAUGGUGUACGACAUCAGCAGCCGGACCAUCUCGAGGUCCUCGUUCGGGGAGGUGCGGCCCGACAUGGCGGUGUUCCAGGACGCCAUCAAGCGCGUCAUCGGGCUUUCCAGCGGGUUCAACGUGCCGGACCUCUUCCCGCGGCUCAGGGAGGUGCUCGGCGAGGUCAGCGGGAUGAAGCGCAAGCUCCGGGAGAUCCACAGGACGUUCGACGGCAUACUCGUGGACAUCAUCGAACAGAGGCGAAGGGUGCGCGCCGAGAGGCUCGCCGCCGGCAAGGAGGUCGUCGAUGAGAACGUCGUCGACGUCAUGCUCACCCUGCAGCAGGGCGACAACUCCUGGGGCUUUCCACUCACGGACAACACCAUCAAAGCUGUCGUAUUGGAUAUGUUCGCCGGCGGCACGGGGACGUCGGGCUCGUCUACCGAGUGGGCCAUGUCGGAGCUCGCCCGCAACCCCCGCGUGAUGAAGAAGCUGCAGGACGAGAUCCGGAGAACGUUCCGCGGGAAGGAGACCAUCACCGAGACGGACCUCCGCAACAGCGACCUCAGGUACCUGAAGCUGGUCAUGAAGGAGGCGAUCCGGCUGCACCCGGCGGCGCCGCUGCUGGUGCCGAGGGAGAGCAUCGACACGGCCGAGCUCGGCGGGUACGUGGUGCCGGGCAAGUCGAGGAUCGUGGUGAACGCGUGGGCAAUCUCGAGGGACCCGCGGUACUGGAAGGACCCCGAGGACUUCAGGCCGGAGCGGUUCGAGGAGGCCGGCGCCGUGGACUUCCACGGGCUCCACUUCGAGUUCACGCCGUUCGGGGCCGGCCGCAGGAUGUGCCCCGGGUACAACUACGGGCUGGCCGGCAUGGAGCUGACGCUGCUGCAGUUCAUGUACCACUUCGAUUGGAGACUGCCUGCCGGCGUGGACGAGGUCGACAUGGAGGAGGCCAUGGGGCUCGGCGUUCGGAGGAAGAACCCGCUCAUGCUAUGUGCUACUCCCAAACGAACUGAUACAUUGCAAGAAUGA